CUGAACUGGCCAAUGGGCACUCCUGUUACGGGGCUAGUAAGGCUGAGUAUUUAUUCCCCUCCAUAGGCCAGGCCCGACCCGACCUGCCGAGUUCCUCCAGCACUUGUUGUGUGUCGUACCUGACAGCACUGCCCGGUAGAAGCCAGCCCCUUGACCCCUACCCACCCCCGGUUUGAGCGAGGUGCUCCCGCCGCCGUGAUGGCGGACGUCGAGCGCGACUACUUCCUGCGGGCGGUGGAGAGGCGCGAUGGGUCCCGGCUCCGGAUUAAACAGCACUGCGCCGGCGACGUGGGCUGCGUGGUGUGGGACGCGGCGCUAGUGCUGGCCAAGUACCUGGAGACGAGUUCCUUCUACCGAGGCAGCUCUCAUGUCUUCAGCGGGAAGAAUGUGGUGGAACUGGGCUCUGGGACUGGAGUAGUGGGCCUGAUGGCCUCCACCUUGGGGGCAAAUGUCAUACUCACGGAUCUUGAGGAGUUGCAGGAUUUACUCAAUAUAAACAUCAAGGAUAACAAGCACUUGGUCACUGGUUCUAUCCAAGCCAAGGUACUUAAAUGGGGCGAAACUGUGAAAGGCCUCCCAUCUGAACCAGAUUAUAUCCUUGUGGCUGAUUGUAUUUAUUAUGAGCAGUCUUUAGAGCCGUUGCUGAAGACUAUCAAGGAUAUUUCAGGAAACAAGACUGCUAUCAUUUUAUGUUAUGAAGAGAGGACAAUGGGUAACAACCCUAAAAUAGAGAGCCAAUUUUUUGAGCUCUUGCAGAUUGAUUUUGAAAUAGAAGAGGUUCCACUGGAGCAGCAAGAUGAGGAAUACAGAAGUGAAGAUAUUCAUGUUUUGCACAUCAAACGAAGAGGACACCAUUAGGGAAUGUUUGCACUAAAAUCAAAAUCACCACUUUGUUUUUAUUCUGUGAUGCAGCUGUAGCCAAAAUAAAAAGAUGGAAUCCUGGUGUAAUAAGGGAAAACUCGUCAGAUGUUGUUAUAUCAACUCCACAAGCAUAUGUUGAAAACAUGUGUUUUAUAGCCCAGGAGAGUGGUAUUCAACUCUGUGUACAUUUUGUAUGCUUUUCUGUUUUAUCAAAUGUCGUUGCUUUGUUUGUACUUUUCCCCUGAAGUACUAGUUCUUGGCAAGAAUUAGAGUAGAAUGAUUUUGUCAUUUUGUUUUGAGCAUUUACUUACUGUAUACAAUAGCUAUAUGUGAAAGCCAGUACAGGAGGGGAAGUUGCAGUUAAUAACAGUAUGUGAACUACUUGAGUUUUGUUACUCUCUAUUGAGUUCAAAUGUGAAUACUAUGGAAUGUUACAUUUGAUUUGCGGACAGAUCACUUGUCCCUCUGAUGACCAUUGCUUUCAUUUGAAGUUAUAUUCAAUGUUUUUUUAAAAAAUAAGUAGCAGGAGCAGCAAUUGAAUGGGAACUAGCUUUACUGUCCAUAUAAAUGUUAAAUGUCCAUAAUAUAUACAGUACAGUUAGAAAUUUGAGCAUGAUUAAUUUCUGUCAUUUGAAAUUAAUUUGCUGCACCUACUUUUACAAAUCUGGCCUCUGCGUAUUUUGUAAUGCACAUUUGCUCAAAGGAAUAAGUGCAAUAAUCAACAAAGAAAGAAAAUCAUAUUUCUGGUACAGAUUAUAUUCAAACAGAUCAGAUCCUACAAAAGGGAGUUAAUUUUCCAUAGGUUAUGCUUGAGUUAAACAUAAUUAUUUUCCUAAAAGGACUGUAGGGAUUGAAAGGAAUUUCAAAUAUGUACAUUAAGUAUAUUUGACAUAUAUCCUUGCAGGAUACUGGCAACUUGAUAUCAGAUAAGGAUUCAAAAUGUUGGUGGCCAAAUGUUGAGCUCAAGACCUUAUUUGUGUAGAGGGAUCUCUAAUUAAUUCUGACUCGGCAAUCCUCCAUAUUUUUCUAUCCUCACACAAUAUAGGAGGCACUUUGGCCCAGUGAAUUUUUGCUGCCUGUCAGAGCAUUCCCAUCUAUCCCAUCCCAGCAUUUCUUUACUCUAAUAUAUUCUUUCUUACCCGCCUGCCAAUUCCACACCCCCUCCCCCCCCCCCCAAUCCUCCUGCUAAUCAUGAACACUAGGGGCAAUCUCCAGUUUGGAAUUUACAUACCAGAAUGUCUGACAUUUGGAGGAAACACAUGCAGCCUCAGUGCAGACUGCAUGUGGUGAGUGCCAGAUGUCGGGACUGAAUCCAGGUUGCUGGAGCAGCUAGUUGGACUGUUCUACAGAUUUAAUACUGCCUUUUGCCUGGAUUUUUAAAUAGAUCCCCAUUGCAAUAGUGCAUUUUUGUUCCAUGACCUAACUCCAAAUAUUGCCAAUUCUUAAAGGAAUAUGGAGGGAUACAGUCGUAGUCAUUGGUCAGGUGAUCUUGUCAGCAAGUUGAAUCACUGUGGAUAGGUGAAGAUGGGUUGGCCAGAUGUAUUUAUUUAUUUGGAGGUACUAUGCAGUAACGGGCCUUUAUGGCCUAACGAGUCUGUGCCAACCAACUGACCUACUGACCUGUACUUUGGAAUGUUGGAGGAAAGCGGAACACCCAGAGGAAACCCACAAUAAAUGCCAAAAUUGAUUAUGGAUGGGAAUUUGGAUCAAAUUACAAUGGAGUCUGAAAGGUGGGUUACUUGUAUUUAAAGAUGAAAUUAAUUUAAAGAUACCAUUAACUUACAAUCAAUAUUUUUAACUGUGGGUGGUGAUAAAGCAAGUGUUCCCAAUCUUUUUUUAUGCCAUAGACCAAUACCGUUAAGAAAGGGUCCAUGAACCCCGGGUUGGGAACCCUGUACUAAAGCCAAAAAAAAAACAUGCUAAGAAUUAAAAUUCUUACCUGUUUGUUCCUAGCAGAAGAUCAUUGUUAAAGUGAGCACAUUAAAGUAAUCCAAGUUUCAAGGUCCUGACUGUAUUGUCUUGUUAACACUGUCGGGUAGUGGUCUUUGAAUUACUGCAACAAACAUGUGAAUAUGCAUCUCCACAUCUAUUAUAAAUUAUCAACCUGUUGUGAAAUGUGUGGGCUGCAAUUCAAUAUUGUAUGUAACAAUUCCUCAGUGGAUAAAACUGGCCACAACUGUAAUGCAACAAGGUUAGCUACCUAUUAGAUCAUGCUUCUCAAGUAAUAUUUGUGCUGUAUGGGUCUGUCUGUCUGUCUAGGUACCAUAUCCGAUGCGGACGUUGAUGACCAUGGUUUUCCAUAUAGAUCUAUCCCUCGUUCUUUGGAUGACUUCCAUUUCCUUGAUGUGUAGCCACCUGGCUAUGCUCUUGAUGUAUAUAAGCCGAGGUCUUCCCCUAGGUUUGCUCCCCUCGAUCUUUCCAGAGAGUGUGAGUUUUUCUAGUUCGUCUUUCCACACGAUGUGUCCUAGGAAUCUGAGUUGUCUUUCUCUUAUUGUUGGUAUGAGUGAUCAAACUGCUUGGGCUCUUCUGAGAACUUCUUCAUU